AGCUCUGGGAGCAAGGUGGAGUCUCCACCCCCCUUGACUCCUCGUCUCAUCAGCAAAUCGCUCUCCAUCUUGUUGCUCUCCACCUCACAGACAAAGACAACCGCCAUGCCAGGACUCAUUCCGGAUACGCCACAGUUUGCCUUUGUAGGCUUGGGCAAUUUAGGCCAACACAUGGCCUUGAACCUUGCCAAGCACCUCGCCACGCUCCAGCCUGCGCACCCGCCCUUGCAAGUCUGGACGCGCACAACCUCCAAGGCACAGGCAUUUGCAAAGGAGAAUGGCUCCAUCGUCAAGGCCGUCGAGAACCUCGACGACAUUGCCGCAAACUGCGACGUGAUCGUGACGAGCCUCGCCAACGAUGCGGCGGUGCAGGAGGUGUACAAAGCCCUGAUGAAGGCCGAAACGGCGAGGCCAAAGAAGAACGGAACAAAGACAAUCUUCCUCGAUACGAGCACAAUGUAUCCCGACAUCACAAAGCGAAUCCAUGACGACGUCGUCGCUUCCGACACACGCUGCUUCUUCCAGGCGCCUGUCUUUGGUCCGCCUCCCAUGGCGAAGUCGGCCAGCUUGGUGUACGUCAUUGCAGGCGCAAAGGAGCCUCGGGCCGUCGUCGAGCCUUACCUCGUCCCUUCGACCGGCCGUAAAAUUAUGGACUUUGGCGACGAUGUGACCAAGGCAUCAGCCUUCAAGCUUAUUGGCAAUUCGAUUGUGCUCUCCACAGUCGAGAUGCUCGCAGAGACCAUGACGCUCGCGGACAAGGCCGGCAUCGGCGCCGACCGUGUUCAAGAGUGGAUUGAGCUUUUCUACCCUGCGCCUUCCGCAAUUGGUUAUGGCAACAAGAUCCUGAACAACAAAUUCGCUGCAGACGGCGGCUUCACCGUCGCAGGUGGUCUGAAGGAUGCUCGCCACAUCAAGAGGCUGGGCGAGGAGAACAAUUGCCCCAUGCACAUCACCGAGCGCGCCAUUCAGCAUCUUUUGGUCAGCCAGGAGGCCUCCAAGGGCCAGGACAAGGACUGGAGCAGUCUCGUUGCUGGACAGCGCAAGGAAAGCGGCCUGCCUCUUUGGCCCGAGCACCAGUAGGCCAUAAAUAUACAGUAUAACCAUAGACGGCGAUGACGAAAAUGUGAUGCAAUUGAUGAAUGAUUACAAGGCCCACUCGUCUAUCUCUGCCUCCCGAUCACUGACAAAUGGCCGUGCAAUGGUUGACACGGAUCCGUCGCAGAGAAUACACGCGCUGGCG